AGAAAGGCCAAAUGAAUGGGCUGUGAUUUUAGUAUUUUUAAGCAGAGGUCAAUCAUUUGUAUGGCCCUCAGAGGAUGUUGAAAAGUUUGAAAUGGCCCUUGAGAGGAAAAAGGUUCCCCACCCCUGCCUUAAAUGGAUAAGGUACCCAGAAUUCACUUCCUCUUGCUCCUCUCAGAUGAGACUUUUGACCUCGGGUUGAGGUUUGAGCUGGUGAUGGAGCUGCGACCCCGGGUGCCAUCUGGGAUGCUGUUGCAUGUGAAAACAGCAGAGGGCGAUUUCACAAUAUUCCUUGAUCAAGGAGUGGUGGUGGUUCUUGUGAAUGAUGGGUCUCAUGAGUUCUUCACAAAGGUGAAACCAAGACAGAGUCUGUGUGCUGGCCACUGGAACAGAAUCACUGUGAUCCGUGAUGCCAACGUUGUCCAGCUGGAUGUGGAUUCUGAGGUCAACCAUGUGGUUGGACCUCUGAACCCCAGCUCCACAGAUACCAAGAAGCCGGUGUUUAUCGGUGGAGCCCAAGAUCCCUUCCUCCCAGAGGGCAUUGCCACCAGGAAGGCUUACGUAGGCUGUAUGAGGAACCUGACCAUCAAUAACAGCCGGGUGAGCUUCAGCAAAGCGGCUCUGGUCAGUGGAGCGGUCAGUGUUGGAACCUGUCCAGCAGCAUAAACCAUCACUGAAACACAUGAAAAACUCUCGCUGGUUAACAUAAACAUUCAAUAAAAAAUUAACGAAUA